AUGGCGAGUUCCGCCGUUGCGCAGACUACACUAGCAGCGUCAGGAUUCCAGCACGCUUCUAGAAUUCUCCUCCCAUCUCUCGUAAAAAAUGAUGGCUCGACCAUCAGUCCAGUUCGAAUUGCACACGUGUCAGCCCGUCGCCGCAACCACCUCCGAUCAGACCUCCUUCCAGGAAGCAUCUCCGCGCUUCGUUUCUCGUCCACCGCUUUCCCCGUUCAUCGCUCCACGUCGUCUCGCUUCGUUACAGUCACAUCCGUUUUAGCGAGGGAUGACGUGGUUGCGACAGGCGACGACAGCGGGUCGCAGGCUCAGCAGAGUCGCACGGAGUCGUUCUUGCUGGCGGUGGAAGAGGGAGAGAAGCGCGUCAAGGAACUGGAGGGUAAAGUGAACGCAAAGCAAAGUGCGCUGGAGCAACUACAGUCUGACAUUGACAAGCUCUAUUCUGAGACGUUCGCUGGAGUGGAGAUUGCAGCGGAAGCACCAGGAGCAGGCGAACAGGAAGGGAAGGAGGGGGAGAAGGAGCAACAGCCUGCUGCUGCUGCUGCUGCUGCUGCUGACGUUCCCCCGCGCGUGUUUGAGAGCAUGAAUGAGGAGGCGUGGGGCAAUCUGGGCCGUUCAGAGCCAUCCGUGCUGAAGGCGCUGAUUGAGUCGGUGGACCGACCAGCAUGGACGGCCUUCCAGCGGGAGGUGCACAGCUUGGCGCUCAGGCGCGAUCGCACGCGGCAGGAGCUCAGGGCGCUCGUGGAACAGCUGGACGAGGCCCGCACUGCUGCUGCUGCUCCCAUGGAAGAGACAUCAUCAGGGUCGGAUUCAGAGGCGGAGGGCCCGGCAGCAGUGAUCCCGGGGCUGGGAGCGAAGGGGGAGCGCAAGGUGGCGAGCAUGGUGCUGGUGGCGGGGUUUGAAUCGUUCAACGUGGCGCUCUACAAGCAGGCUGCCGCUCAGCUGCGCUCCCAGUGCCCUGGCAUUCGUCUCUCUGUCUUCUCCAAUCGGGACAUUCUCUCCAAGAGCAACGAGAUGGAGGCAGCACUGGCACGAGCAGAUGUGUUCUUUGGAAGCCUUAUUGUCGACUACGAUGAGUGCGAGUGGCUGCAGCAGCGCAUCAAGAGCAUCCCCAUCCGCCUCAUCUUCGAGUCCUCCCUCGAGCUCAUGGCCAUGACCACCCUCGGCAGCUUCGCCAUGGCAGGGGGCAAGAGCCAGGGCAUGCCGGCCCCGGUAAAGGCCGUUCUCUCAAAGUUCGGCGCGGGCCGGGAAGAGGACCGCAUGGUGGGGUACCUGAGCUUCCUCAAGGUCGGCCCCAAGCUGCUGCGCUUCAUCCCGGGCAAGCGAGCACGGGACCUGCGCAACUGGCUGACGGUGUAUGGGUACUGGAACCAGGGCGGGCUGGUCAACGUGGUCAACAUGUUCCUGUACCUUGCGAACGAGUACCUGCUGCCCACGGGGAUCACGGCUUCUGCUCCCGUGGAGACUCCGCCCCUGGGACUAUACCACCCUGACUAUGACGGCUACUUCACCUCCCCCAGCGCCUACCUGCGCUGGUUCCGCUCGACCCAAUCCUCCCUGCCCCCAUCGGCGCCAGUGGUGGCGCUGCUGCUGUAUCGCAAGCACGUGGUGACGCAGCAGCCGUACAUCCCCCGCCUCAUCCGCAUGAUGCAGCAAGCAGGGCUGGUGCCGCUGCCCAUCUUCAUCAACGGCGUGGAGGCUCACACGGUGGUGAGGGACCUGCUCACCACGGCAUACGAGCAGGAGGAGAGGAGGAAAGGCGUCAUCAUGACUUCGUCGCUGGCGCAAGAUGCUGUGGUGGUUGAUGCCGUCGUCAGCACCAUCGGAUUCCCCUUGGUGGGAGGGCCAGCUGGUUCAAUGGAAGGCGGCCGCCAGGCAGAGGUGGCCAAGUCCAUUCUGCUGGCCAAGAACGUGCCCUACGUGGUGGCAGCGCCGCUGCUCAUUCAGGACAUACCCAGCUGGAAGCGCGACGGCGUGCAAGGGCUGCAGUCAGUGGUGCUCUACUCGCUGCCGGAGCUCGAUGGUGCCAUCGACGCCAUUCCGCUGGGAGGGCUUGUCGGCGAUGGCAUUCACCUGGUGCCAGAGCGUGUGAGGCGCCUGACCUCGCGCCUGUGGAGUUGGAUCAACCUGCGGCGCACAGCAAGAGCACAGCGCAAGGUGGCCCUCGUGCUGUACGGUUUCCCCCCCGGCGUGGGCGCUACCGGCACUGCUGCCCUGCUCAACGUGCCCAAGUCGCUGGAGGCACUGCUGCAGCGCAUGCACGCAGAGGGCUACGACCUGGGCCCAGCAGGUGAGGCAAUCUCGCGCGGCGAAAUCAACGGUGAGGAUCUGAUCGCGCUGCUGCAGGAGCUGGAUGCGGACAGGGUGGUAUCAGCGGGGGAGAAAGGGCCCGAGCUGGCGCUCAAGGCGGUGAAUGAGAAGCUGCAGCGCAGCGAGGACGGCCCCAGGAGCAUCCCUGAAGGGGUGGUGCCCGUGGCAGAGUGCAUCGACUGGCGGCAACUGAGGGAUUGGAUUGGGGAGACCCUGACGGGGCGCAUGGAGAGGGCGUGGGGCGAGCUGAGGAAGAUCCGAUCCAUCCACUGCGACUCGGAGGGCAGGAGUGUUGUCAGCGGCAUUCAGCUCGGUAACGUGUGGAUCGGAGUGCAGCCAGUGCUGGGCCUGGAGGGAGACCCCAUGCGCCUGCUCUUUGAGCGUGACCUCACUCCCCACCCCCAGUACGCAGCCUUCUACAAGUGGCUGCAGCAGGGCAUGCAGGCGAAUGCAGUGGUGCACUUCGGCAUGCACGGCACUGUGGAGUGGCUUCCUGGCAGCCCUCUGGGCAACACAGCUAAAUACAUCUAUGCGGCCAACAACCCCUCCGAGUCCAAUGUUGCCAAGAGCUACAUCUAUGCGGCCAACAACCCCUCCGAGUCCAUUGUUGCCAAGAGGCGCGGCUACGGCACCAUAGUGUCGUACAAUGUGCCUCCGUAUGGCAGGGCAGGGCUGUACAAGGAGCUCGCUGGGCUGAGGGAACUGAUCUCAGAGUUCAGGGAGGACCCAGCAAAGAACGAGUCACUGAAACCAGCCAUAGUGGGCGCGCUGGUGACGGCGGGCAUGCAGGCGGACUGCCCCUUCGUGCCCUCUGAUGGCUCCAGCGGUGGCGAGGCGGUGUUUCUGGAUGAGGAGAGCAUUGAGGGGGUGUCGGAGGCGGAGUUUGAGAAGUACCUCGUGAAGCUGUAUGAGUACCUGGCGGUGGUGGAGAACCGUCUGUUCUCGGAGGGGCUGCACAAUCUGGGCCGUCCACCCAAGGAGGAGCAGAUGGAGCAGUACCUUUCGGCCUACUUCGGGGAUGACCUGGAUGACACAGCUAUCGAGGCUGUUGCUCACACCCAUGGGGACCUGGCUGAGGUUCGGCAGCGCUUGGAGCAGCUAUACCUGAGGGACGGCGUGGCGCCGCCCGUUCGGGAUGCUGAGGUGGACGCCCGCGUGGCGGAGGCGGUGAGCAUUCGGCAGCUCCUGGCGCGCAACACGGAGGAGCUGGAUAACGUGCUGCGUGGGCUGGACGGUGACUAUGUGCCUCCUGCUGUGGGUGGCGACCUGCUGCGAGACGGCCCAGGAGUGCUGCCAACGGGGCGCAACAUCCACGCCCUGGACCCCUACCGCAUGCCAUCAGCAGCGGCAUGGGAGAGGGGCAGUGCCAUAGCGGCCAACAUAAUACAGCAGCACCUGGACCAGCACGGCACGUACCCUGAGACCAUUGCCGUCAUGCUCUGGGGUCUAGACGCCAUCAAGACGCGCGGCGAGUCUGUUGCAAUAGCCCUUGCACUCGUAGGAGCACACCCGGUGAAGGAGGGCACGGGGCGAGUGGUCCGUUUCGACCUCACACCCCUGGAGCAGCUGGGGCGGCCCAGAAUAGACGUACUGGCCAACCUCUCAGGCAUCUUCCGAGACAGUUUCGCCAAUGUGGUGGAGCUGCUGGACGAUCUCUUCAGGCGAGCAGGAGAGGCGGACGAGCCUCCAGAGAUGAACUUCAUCCGCAAGCACUCGCUGGCGCUGCAGGCAGAAGGCAUUGAUGCAUCAACGGCCAGGAUCUUCUCCAACCCAGCAGGCGACUACGGAUCAAUGGUCAAUGAGCGCAUUGGCGCAGCUGACUGGGAGAACGGGGAGGAGUUGGGGGACACGUGGCAGUCCAGGAACUCGUUCAGCUAUGGCAGGGGCGAGCAGGGCGUGGCUCGACCAGAGGUGAUGCGCAAACUCCUCCAGACAACAGACCGCAUAGUGCAGGAGAUAGACAGUGUGGAGUAUGGGCUGACAGACAUCCAGGAGUACUAUGCCAACACUGGCGCCAUGAAGAACGCCGCUGAGACCGCUCGCAACGGCGCCAAGGUGUCGUGCAGUGUGGUUGAGACGUAUGGCAAGGACCUUCGCCCGCGCGACCUUGAAGCCACACUGCGACUCGAAUACCGCUGCAAGCUGCUGAACCCCAAGUGGGCGGAGAAGAUGGCAGCGCAGGGCAGUGGGGGCGCGUACGAGAUCUCACAGCGCAUGACAGCACUGCUGGGGUGGGGCGGUACCACGGGGUUCCAGGAGGACUGGGUGUUCGACCAGGCUGCUGACACGUACGCUCUCGAUGAAGCAAUGGCUGCUAAACUCAGGAAGAACAACCCCCAGGCGUUCCAGAACAUUCUGAAGCGCAUGCUGGAGGCAGCGGGGCGAGGCAUGUGGCAGGCUAACGAUGAGGUGAUCGAGAAGCUGAGGGAGCUCUAUGCUGAGAUGGACGAUGAGCUUGAAGGGUCCCCUUCCCUCUCACCCACCCAACCCAAGGGGAUUCAGUCCCCCUCCCUCUCACCCACCCAGCCCAAGGGGAUUCACCCCUUCCUUCUCACCCAUCCCACCAAAGGCGAUUCACCCCUUCCUUCUCACCCAUCCCACCCAAGGGGAUUCACCCCUUCCUUCUCACCCAUCCCACCCAAGGGGAUUCACCCCUUCCUUCUCACCCAUCCCACCCAAGGGGAUUCACCCCUUCCUUCUCACCCAUCCCACCCAAGGGGAUUCACCCCUUCCUUCUCACCCAUCCCACCCAAGGGGAUUCACCCCUUCCUUCUCACCCAUCCCACCCAAGGGGAUUCACCCCUUCCUUCUCACCCAUCCCACCCAAGGGGAUUCACCCCUUCCUUCUCACCCAUCCCACCCAAGGGGAUUCACCCCUUCCUUCUAACCCAUCCCACCCAAGGGAAUUCACCCCUUCCUUCUCACCCAUCUCACCCAAGGGGAUUCACCCCUUCCUUCUCACCCAUCCCACCCAAGGGGAUUCACCCCUUCCUUCUCACCCAUCCCACCCAAGGGGAUUCACCCCUUCCUUCUCACCCAUCCCACCCAAGGGAAUUUACCCCUUCCUUCUCACCCAUCUCACCCAAGGGGAUUCACCCCUUCCUUCUCACCCAUCCCACCCAAGGGGAUUCACCCCUUCCUUCUCACCCAUCCCACCCAAGGGGAUUCACCCCUUCCUUCUCACCCAUCUCACCCAAGGGGAUUCACCCCUUCCUUCUCACCCAUCCCACCCAAGGGGAUUCAGUCCCCCUCCCUCUCACCCACCCAACCCAAGGGGAUUGGAUUCAGUCCCCUUCCCUCUCACCCACCCGCUCAAGGGCCGAGUGA